AUGUCAAGCAACAAUAACUUUAUUCUUCGUGCAGAAUGCAAAGGACACAUUGAUCAAUGUCGUACUGUGUGUGCUAAUCCUCUUGUUGAUGGAGGUAUCAUUACAGGAUCAUUAGAUUGUACUGUAAAGACGUUUACUCCGAAUCCUAACUAUCGGGAAGAGCAAGCUAAUUUUGAAAAUACCAUGUUUGAUGGAGAAGAGUUAAUCAAAGCAAAGAAACAAAGUGAAUACCAAUGCACAAUUACAAUGGUUGGUCAUGAGAAGUUUAUUACAUCGGUAGAUUUUCUUUCGGAUCACUACGCUGUUUCUGGAUCACAUGAUAAAUCAUUGAUUGUUUGGAAUUUGGUGGAUGGUAGCCCAGUGAAGAGAUUUACAGAUGCUCAUUCCAAUGCUAUCAGCUGUUUGACUGUCGAUAAAUAUACUGGUUUGAUCAUUUCGGGAUCAUGGGAUAAAACCGCAAAAUGUUGGAACCUAGGAAAUGAUGUACCUGUGUAUGAGUUGAAAGGACACCAACAAAACGUUUUAUGUACAUUGGCAGUUUCUAAUGGAUUGAUUAUUACAGGAAGUGGAGAUGGAAGCAUUAAAUUUUGGGAGAAUGGUAAAAACAUUCGUACAAUUGAUGCUGCACAUAGUUCUUGUGUGAGAUCCUUGAAGGAGUUGCCAAACAUUGGUUUUGUGUCUGCUUCCAAUGAUGGUACAGUCAAAACCUGGACCUUGCAUGGUGAUUGUAUUGCUCAAAUUCAAGCUCACAACACACUCGUGUACUCUGUUGAGCUUACUCCAUCAGGAGAAAUGUUGACUGCUAGUGAGGAUAAAACUGUGAAAGUUUGGAACAAUGGUAGUCUCAUUCAAACCAUUGAACAUCCAGGAUGUGUUUGGCAAGUUGUUGCACUUCCGAAUGGUGACAUUGCUACUGCUUGUUCUGACGGAGUUGCACGAGUUUUUACAAGAAAAUUAGAAAAAGCAGCCAAUCCAGAAAUUAUUCAAGCUUUUAACGACAAUAUUGCAAACUCCAAGAUCAAGAAGAGCGGAGUUGAUCCAACCAAAUUACCCACAGAACUUGUCUUGAAUUCAACAAAAGGAACAAGUGAUGGAGAAAUUAAGCUUGUCAACAAUAAUGGAAUUCCAGAAGCCUAUUCAUGGAGUGCAGCUCAACAAAAGUGGGAAAGAGUCGGUGAGGUGACAGAGGGUCCUGGUGUCGGCGAUGGAUUUGCACAAAAAACAUAUCACAAUGGUAAAAUGUACGACUAUGUAUUUGACGUAGAAUUAGAGCAUGGAAGUGGUCUGAGAAACUUUAAAUUACCUUUCAAUAAGGGAGAUAAUCCAUACUUUGCAGCUCAACAAUUUAUUUGGGAUAAUGAUCUUUCUCAAAAUUAUUUGGAUCAAAUUGCAAAAUUCAUAAUGGACAAUACUGACAUACAUGAAGAAACUCCACCUCAGUUUAUGACUGGCGAUCCAUUUACUGGACAUCAAAGAGAGACGUUUGUUGCCAAACGUCCAGGAACUCAAACUAAACCAAAGGACACAACUCCAGUAAGCUCUCCUUUUGCUCAAGAACAACAACAAUAUCAAAAAGAAUUGGAAGAAAGAGAAAGACAAAAAAAUGUCAAACACUUCCCUGGUAAUGUUAAAAUCUUCGAUCAAGCAAACUAUGAUGGUAUUCUCCGUAAAUUGAACGAAUUCAAUGACGCCAUUAAGAAUUCUGAAAAUAGCUCCCUCGCUCUCACCAAAGAGGAAGCAGGAUCACUUUCACAACUUUGCUCCACGUUGAAGGCAGGUCAAGGUGAAAAAGUGACAACAAGCCACAUUGUUGUUGUCGAGAAAAUCCUCCAAUGGCCCAUUGAUAAGAUAUUCCCUGGUGUCGAUCUUUUUAGAUUACUAAUUCUCACUAAUCCUGCUGCAAACUUUUACUCUGAGCAAUACAAGAAUGGAUCGAACAUCCUCACCAAGAUUGUCACCUUAUGCUUUAAUCCAACAACUACGUACACUGCUUUAAAGAUGCUUGCUUUUAGAGCUCUUGCCAAUAUGUUCCACACUUCCCAACUCAAGUUCAUCAUUUCCAAACAUGCACAAAUUGUUGUUGAUAAUGCAUCCAAGAUGGUUGAAUUGGAUAAUGCAAAUAUGAGAGCUGCCUACUCAUACUUUAUACUGAAUACUUCUGUUUCCUUGUACACCAACACACAAUCAGAUGCUCUCAAAGAGAAACUUUUAACAUUGGCAUGUCAAGCCAUUCCAAACGAAACAGAUACUAAUAUUUUAUACGAUCUUCUAGUUGCUGUAGGAACCUUGUUAACUGGAGCAAGUGAAUCAGUCAAGGCUGUAGCCAAGCAACAGCAACAAAUAUUUACACAAAAGACUGCCAAUCCCAACGCAAAAAUUGCAGCAUGUGCCUUCCAGAUUGUCUCAUUGCUUUCUCAAAAAUAA